AUGAGCAAAAGUGGAGCAAGAGUGAAAAAAGACACGGAAAGAGAAAGCAACCAAACAAGCAGACAACAGAGACAGAAGAAGAAAGGGACACAAAAAAAGAAAAAGACAAAUUUAAAGGAAUUUUUAACAAACAGACAGUCGCGUGAGGAGAGAGCAAGAGAAACGGGUGAAGCAGCGACGCACAAGGAAAACCAACGUAACCGUGACCAGAGUGGCCGAACGAAAACAAACAGCAAGCGAGGAGUGAAAGAUCAGAAAGACAAGAAGAAGAAAAAACAAGGAAACAAAAAGAAGAGCAAGAAAAAAAAGAGGAAAGAGAACGGUGAGGACAAGACAGCAGAAAAAACAGUUUUUAUUUUACACUCAACAGCACAGGAACAAACAAAGAAAAAAAGAAACAGCAAGAGAGACAGACAGAGGAAGUUGACAACAACCCAACAAAGGGAAGAAAGAACGAGACAACAAAGUGGCAACCACAGGGAGGACAUCAGACACAAGCACCUGUCGUACCCACGAAGAGAAGAAAGAAAGGGAGCGCAAAACAAAAAGAAGAACAAAAGAGAGAAAGUAUAA